GAGUUCCAGUAGGUGGGCGAGGCGCGUUCAUGAGCGGAGGUCAGGGUAGUGCUGAUGGACACGCGGCAUACACGGAAUAAUCCGCCGUCUCGAGCUUCUUCUCCAGCUUCAGCACCACGGAUAGACUCAUCCGCGCGGACACUAACCAGGAGAGGAGGCGUUCACUGAUAAAUUUCUCUUAAAUUCGUUGCCAUUUAAAGACAUCAAUUCGUGUCUACUUACAUACGAUUUUUGAUUCUUUGCCAUCUAAAGACAUCAAUUCGAUCUGCUCGUGAGAAUAAAAUAUAUUAAAACAGUGGAAGGAAAGACACGAAGUGUCUGUCGACAACACGAUCCACAGUGUGCGAACAUCUUCCCAGCGAUUUUCAGUUUGGAUGCCAUGGACGCGCUGAUUAAAGGAUUCUCCAAAGCGAAGGAUGGGGUUGUGGCGGCGGCAGAAAAGACGAGGCAGGGAGUGAGUGAAGCGGCUGGGAAGACAAAAGAAGGGGUCAUUUUUGUGGGUACUAAAACAAAGGAUGGUGUUUCAUCAGUUGCAGAAAAGACCGUGUCUCAGGUGUCACACGUGGGCGGAGCCAUGGUCACCGGGGUAACGGCCGUUGCCCACAAAACAGUGGAAGGAGCAGGAAAUAUUGCUGCUGCGACUGGAUUGGUCAAGAAAGACGUAGACAAGCAGAAUGAAGAUAUGGCCCAGGAGGUCCUGAUAGAGAGCACAGGAGAAGCACAGAUGGAUCCUGAAAAUAACUAUCAAAGCACAUGCGAGGAUCAAGGUUAUCAGAAUUAAGUGCAGCAAACAGACGAGCCAGAAGGAAUGGCAGGGGCAGGAAUGACAGGGGCGGGAAUGUUUGAUGUGCCCAGUCCUGCUGUGCCUGGCACUGGUUCCUCUGAUCUAUGCUUCUGUGUGUGUCGGGGUCUGCCAUCUGUGUGGGCUACUCUGGACCUGCUGCCACCCUGUUCUACCACCCUGUAAUGCCACCCUGUGAGUCCCUCCCACUGGGCGGAGCACCUGGUCUGCUGGGCAGUGUGUGUCUAUGGGCGUGUGGCUUUGAGUGAAAAUGACCUCUAAAUGGUGUCUUCAUUGAAUAUGUAUCACACUAUUUAAGGACCCAAAAAUAAAUUGUAUUUUUGUGUGAUUAUUUGUUCAUAUGUUCAGCUGUGAUGAAAUAUAAAUAUAUUUAUAUAUUCUACAUGUACAAAAAUUGAAUACUGAGUGGUGUUUUAAAAGUGCUGUUUAAAUUAAGCUACUGGACCGUGAACCUGUAAAUAGUGUUUCAAUCCAAUAAAAACCAAUGUCUGUA